AUGAAAGCAAGACCAUCGUUGUGGGCGUCUUCAACAGGAUAUUUGUUUAAACAAAACACGAAUCUCAUCACCAACCCACAUCUAAACAACCAAUCAACGGCAAAGACUCAAUCAUUAACCAUUCAUUCUUCCUUCUCAUUUCACACUCAUUCUACUUUGUUUACUUUGAAGGCAAUCCAUCCAAAAGCAACUUCCAAUGAUCAAAACGAGAUAAAUCAAUUAGAUUCACAUCAGAGACGGCAGAUUCAACAUAUAAUAACAGAGCAUUACAAUGCUCACACUCCUUUGUUUGUCUCAACAAGUAGAAAUAUCGAUCAUGGACCAUAUUUGGAUACUAAACAACUAGAAUCAAGUUAUAUUACGGAAAGAAAACCACUUAAAGGGGUUUCCGAGUAUUUAGCCUAUUCCAUGGUCAGAUGUAUUAAGGGAUUAAUUCACACAUUUUUUGGAAAGAAAUAUAUUCAUCAUGCUUUGUGUUUGGAGGCUAUUGCAAGCGUACCAGGUAUUGUAAUGGGAACCAUCAAACAUUAUGCCUUCAUUAUUGGAUUGAAGAGAAAAAUUUCUGUAGAUUCUAGCAUCAUGUUUGAUGAAGCAGAAAACGAACGUACACAUUUAAUGAUUUGGACACAAAUUACAUCUCCCACAUUAGUGGAACGUAUUUUAGUGAUCAGCUCUCAAAUUAGUUUUACAGUAUUUAUUAUCAGCAGCUUUCUCAUUUCGAGACGGUUUGUACACAAGUUUUUGUCAUUCCUGGAAGAGGAAGCCAUUCAGUCCUACACUCAAUUAUUAGAGGAUAUUGAUACAGGAAAUUCGCGUUAUAUUGGUAUUCGCAUUCCUGAAGUAGCUCUUAAAUACUACAAAUUAGAUCCAUCUAAAUCUGAAUUGAGAGAUUUGGUUUUGGCGAUUAGAGCCGACGAAUGUCAUCAUCGAGACUUUCACCGAUUGAAGUCUUAUCUGAAGGAAGACUUGCAGCAAUUUUCUGUCACAGAAGGCAGUUCAUGA